GUCUCAAGCCAGGCAUUGUAAACUCAGGAAGAAGAAUAUUAUCUCAAAAAUUAUAUCAGAUCCCAUCUACCAGCAAAUCCAUUGUAUGUCCCAUAAUGCAGUGUAAUAGAAAGUUUGACAACGGGCAUUUACUGCUGGGUCAUCUUAAAAGGUUUGAUCAUUCUCCAUGUGAUCCCACAGUUACUCUACAUGGACCGCCAGCUAAUAUGUUUGCCUGCAUAGUCUGUGGCAAGAGAUUUGCAAGUGAUCAGCAAUAUCGUGCACACCUUUCGUCUAAGGUUGGUGAAAAUGAUGGCCACGAGAGAAAUUAUCCUCCUCAGCUUAUUCACUGCUUUGCAUGUCCUUGCUGUUUCCUCCUCUUUAGCGUAAGAGAUGGAUGUCUGCAGCAUAUGUCUGGGAAAAAACAUUUUUCUCAGGCUUUUAAAUUGAACGAAUCCAUUGUCGUAAUGCUGGCCCAGUGGCUGUCUCGAAGAAGUGCAUCUCUGAAAUUGCAGGAAUACUGAAAGCUAAAGGUUUCUGUCAAGGUUGUGACACGUUGUUUGUCACCGACGACCAAAUUAUUCACCAUCGUUGCAGAAACGUUGCCAAGAUUAAACGUAUCACCACAAUGGAAGAAUCCAUAUUAUUAUUUUGUCACACCAAUGAACGGAAUAAAAGAGCCCCUCACCUGCAAAAUAACGCAAGCCUUUUGAAAUCUUCUCUGAAGAGACAUUUGGAAUUGAACGGCGAGAAGAAUGAAACCAUUUCAAAAUGGAAAAGGGAUUUGCGAGACGGUAGCGAAGCCAUUCACAGAGCUCCCACGGUCAAAAUCUGGGUAUGCCAGUGUGAUCUGGCCUUUCCUUCUGAAGAGUUGGCAGAAAAGCACAUUUUUUCUGAAAACAGGAUCUGCUACAAGUGCAGCGUAUGUGGGAAACUUGCAGAAAAUCCGAGCAUUAUCCGCUUGCACAUGAGCCGUUUCCACGGAGGAGCACAUUUGACUAACUUCAUCUUCUCAUGCCAGAUUUGCAAUGUAGCUCUUCAGAAAGAGGACGAUGUCCUUAUCCACGUAACAGGACUUCACGAUGGACAUAACUUCUAUUUUGAGAAGGUCACUGCUGAAGGGGAGCUAACAAUACCUUCCGAUUCACGGUACGGCCCUUGUACUAAACAAGAAGGCCAAGCUUCAAGCCUCCUUGAACUUUCUCCAGAGCAGACUCAGAUGGAGGUUGAUGAGAGUCCUCCCCAGUGGCAAUGUAAGAUAUGCGAGGAAAUAUUUAACUCCGAGGACAGCGUGAAACAACAUUGCAAAUCGCUCGAGAGUCAUCAUCAUCACAGGUACAGUUGCGGCUUGUGCAAAAUGACUUUUCGGAAAAUGGAAACACUGCAGCGACACUGCCAGGGAAAACACAACAACGUUGUACAGAUGAAAUACUUCUGUGGGUUUUGCGGCGACCUCUUCUUUGACAUUGAGGAGGAAUUUUUACUUCACUUCAAGUGCAUGCAUAGCAUGGAUUACGUGUGUGUGUCCGAGGCAGCAGAAACCUCAAUCAAAAACGAAGAAAUCCUAGAAGAAGGUAGCCUUCUAAACUGUGGUUGUCGUGAGAAAUAUGUUUGCAAAAAGAACAGGAAGCUCGACCACAAGAAAUGCCAAGAAGCCAUGUUGGAAAAAGGAAACAUGUGGUUUCGUUGCACUUCAUGCUCUGCUACAACACAAACCUAUUCUGACAUGGUGGCUCAUAUCACGAGCCACCCGAGCGAACAAACGGCUCAAGAUUUCUGUGUAGUCCGAUGUGGCUCAUGUAACAAACAUUUUAAUAGUAUCGCUAUUGCACAUCAGCACUUCCAUGAUAAACACUGUUUUUUACAAAAGCCUCAAAUAUCUUUUGGGCCGCAAGCAGAAAAUAAUGUCUUCCACUUCUCUGCUGUGAGCUCCUGUUCAGAGGAGGAUGUAACUUCAACACGUUCUUCAGAUGUAAAAAGGCUGGACGAUGCAAAGAAAGAACGAGAGAGGAAGCAUUCUGAAUCGAGUGAACAAG